AUGGCGGAGCAUUGCAAUAGUAGUAGGUUUAGUUGGUGGGGUUGUAGAUCGUGUAGUUGUGGUUGGCUCUUCAGUUGUUGUAGUAGUAGGUUCGGUUGGUGGGGUUGUAGAUUUUGUGGUUGUGGUUGGCUCUUUAGUUGUAGUAGUGGUAGUAGGUUCAGUUGGUGGGGUUGUAGAUUGCGUAGUUGUGGUUGGCUCUUCAGUUGUUGUAGUAGUAGGUUUGGUUGGUGGGGUUGUAGAUUUGUGGUUGUGGUUGGCUCUUUGGUUGUAGUAGUAGUAGUAGGUUCAGUUGGUGGGGUUGUAGAUUCUGUGGUUGUGGUUGGCUCUUUGGUUGUUGUGGUAGUAGUAGGUUCUGUUGGUGGGGUUGUAGAUUUUGUGGUUGUGGUUGGCUCUUCAGUUGUGGUAGUAGUAGGUUCAGUUGGUGGGGUUGUAGAUGUUGUGGUUGUGGUUGGCUUUUCAGUUGUGGUUGUAGGUUCUGUUGGUGGGGUUGUAGAUUUUGUGGUUGUGGUUGGCUCUUCAGUUGUAGUAGUAGUAGAAGGUUCAGUUGGUGGGGUUGUAGAUUGUGUGGUUGUGGUUGGCUCUUCAGUUGUAGUAGUAGUUGGUUCGGUUGGUGGGGUUGUAGAUUGUGUGGUUGUGGUUGGCUCUUCCGUUGUUGUUGUAGUAGUAGGUUCAGUUGGUGGGGUUGUAGAUUUUGUGGUUGUGGUUGGCUCUUUGGUUGUGGUAGUAGUAGGUUCAGUUGGUGGGGUUGUAGAUUUUGUGGUUGUAGUUGGCUCCUCAGUUGUUGUAGUAGUAGAAGGUUCAGUUGCUGGGGUUGUAGAUUGUGUGGUUGUGGUUGGCUCUUUGGUUGUGGUAGUAGUAGGUUCAGUUGGUGGGGUUGUAGAUUUUGUGGUUGUGGUUGGCUCUUUGGUUGUGGUAGUAGUAGGUUCAGUUGGUGGGGUUGUAGAUUUUGUGGUUGUGGUUGGCUCUUCCGUUGUUGUUGUAGUAGUAGGUUCAGUUGGUGGGGUUGUAGAUUUUGUGGUUGUGGUUGGCUCUUUGGUUGUAGUAGUAGGUUCAGUUGGUGGGGUUGUAGAUUUUGUGGUGUGGUUGGCUCUUCAUUGUUUGUAGUAGUAGUAGGUUCAGUUGGUGGGGUUGUGGAUUUUGUGGUUGUAGUUGGCUCCUCAGUUGUUGUAGUAGUAGAAGGUUCAGUUGGUGAGGUUGUAGAUUGUGUG